UAAAUCGGUGAAGUGCAAGAACGCCGGGGCCUCGUGUGUACUUCAUAAUCAGUGAGACAAUUUUCAUCUCAAUUCAAUUUUAAUUUGUCUCUCAUGUGGCUCUGGUAUUAUUUUUCGGCUUUGAUGAGAUGAAUUGAAGAUGGAUUGAUAACUGUGAUUAAAAUAGUGAAAUCGUUGAAUGGUGGGGGGAGGGAGUUAAGAGUCGCGAUGUACAAAUUCAUCUGAGUUGCAUAUGAGAAUGAGAUUUGUGGAUUGAGUGGCACAAAAUGGACGAGGAUUAGUGCUUUGAUGGGAUUUAUUGAAUGAAUUUUAUUGGUCUUAGAGAUUCUCGAGCGUUUGUCGUUGAAUUUUUAUUCGGGCUGUUUUAGGGCAGGCGUUUCAGUUGCUCUCUCAUUUUUUUUUCACCUCUCUCUUUUCACGAGAUAUUGGAGGCAGGACGUGACGCUGGGCGGUGAGAGACGUUGAAAAUGGCUCGUGUUACGUGUCUCCUAUAAACACACGCGGAUUUACAUGAAUUUUAAGGGAUUUCCGGGGAUUUUUUUGAGGUAAUUGGCGAGCUUUUUGGCGGGUGGAGGUAGGCGAAUUUCGAGGUUUGAGAGAGACAGGCGCUCCGGUUGGCUUGAUAGCUGCGGCUAGUACUCGAGGCACGAUUUGUUGGCCCUCUUUUGCUUUUUAAACCGAACCAACGAGAAUUUCUCGGGCUGACUCUUGGGUGCUCUACGAGGCAAGUUGUAAUCGUUGGGUAGUUUGGAGAAUUCAUCGUCUUCACGGAAUCUCCAAGACGAUAAAAUGCCACGUGUUAGGAGACAAGUUGUCCUGGAGGACCCGUCCAGGCCAGUCACACCAGACAUGGCACAAAGAAAACUAAUAAAAACAGAAUUCAACGGAGAUGGAUCCCUAGAGGGUCAAGUGCAAAAAGUGGCUGAAGAAACACCAAGUCCCCACUUGCAGGACCACCAAUACGGCCAGACCCCGCACUACCAAAUAACAAGACGUCCUGCCCAGCCAGUGCCACGUCCAGAGCAGAUCUCAGUUCAAGCAGUAAAACGACGUCUAAACCUCGAAGUCGCCGCCUCAGCCCCAGUCCCAUCAACCUUCAAAGCACCCAGAGGUAAACGUCGAAGAUCGGGUUCCAACUCCUUUACUCAUACACCAGCUAAAAGCAAAACAGUCGAGAGGACGCGGUACGACACAUCAUUGAGUCUUUUAACUAAAAAAUUCAUAAAUCUCGUGGAAAGCAGUAGUGAUGGUGUUGUUGAUCUCAAUGUGGCGUCUGAAAAGUUAGAAGUACAAAAGCGAAGAAUAUACGAUAUUACCAAUGUAUUAGAAGGCAUUGGAAUACUUGAAAAAAAGAGUAAAAAUAAUAUACAGUGGAAGGGGGGACAAUUACCGGGUGAACAAAAUGACAUAUUAGAGUUAAGGAGAGAAGUAAAUGAUUUGGAGGCCAAGGAGAAUGCAUUGGAUCGAUUGAUACAUGGAGCUGAGGAGAGAUUACGUGAAUUGUGCGCUGAUAGGCAAUUUGCCUAUGUGACUUAUCAUGAUUUGCGAUCAGUUCCUGCUUACAAGGAUCAGGCCAUUAUGGCGGUUAAGGCACCUCCUGAAGCGACACUUCAUGUACCACAACCAAUCAAUAAUUUGGGGCAGCCUAAAUUGCAGAUCCAUAUGCGAUCGUUAUCUGGCGAGAUCGAGGUCUUUCUGUGUCCUGACGAUCCUGCUGUUAAGGUUAAUAGUCCUGGUGGAGAUGCGGCACCAUGCGUCAUACCCAAGGAGUUCAUUGUCGAGGGGGAGCGAAAGAAGGAAAGAACAGAGUCCAAGAGGAGGUAUCAGGUCACCAAGAGGGAGACUGUCGAUGAUGAUGAGGAUGCUGUUGCGUCGACUUCGUCAUCUGGCAUGAGAGAUGCUUUGCUCAGUGAGAGUGAUGACUUUGGUCCUAUGGGAGGAAGCAGGUUUCAAUUACAGACUGAGGAUCAAAACCCAACGACAGAAGUUAAUAUAUUGGACUUUAGUGAGUCCCUAUUAUCACUGGAGCCACCAUUAUCUGAGAGUGACUAUUCGUUUUCACUUGCAACCGAAGAGGGCCUUUCCGAUCUCUUCGAUUUCCCAUUUUAGAAUUUUUUAAAAUCACCUGCAUUCAUCGAAUGAAUAGUAAAUGAAAUACAACAACAAUUGGAGAUAAAUGCAAACUAGAAACAAUCAUGUGUCUUUUAACAAUGAAAAAAAAACAUGAAAAUUAACUCUGAGUUCGUCUUCCCAACAUUAAAAAAAUCAGUGGUUUAAGAACGAGUGGUUAGUAAAAUUUGUAAAAAAAACAUUUUUGGCGUAUUACUGUUAUGAGUAAUAUUGCCCUCGCAAUUGUUUCGUUAAAUUUAUAUUCAAAAGCAAACAUAUCACGAAAUAACGAUUUUUCUUAAUUCUGCAGAUUUUUGUCGAUUUGCCAUAGAAAAUGAGAAUGAAAAAGAUGGCAAUCACAGAGGAUUUGGAAAACGUUCUUUCAGUGCAAUUAUAUAAUUUAUUAAUUUAAGUUUAUCGAAUGAAUUAUUUAAAUUUACUUCAUUAUCGAAUUACCUGAGUGUAAGUUCGUAAGUUUUAUUAUUCCUCCAAAUUUUGUACAAAAUUAAUUUUUUGACGUUUCAAUUAUUUAUAAACAUUUUUGUUUUUUUUCUUAUGCUGUAAGAAAAACAUGAAAAAUGCAAAAACUUUCCUAAAACAUGAAGAAUUGUUCUGAAAAUUAGUCUGAUACCUGAAUGAUAAUUAAAUCUUAAUUAUUUAUAAUUAAAAUCAAUAACUAAUUAAUCUGAAGGAGACGAACUCAAAAGUCGUACAAAGAGUAAAAA